AUUCCAUCUUCACUAGCGAAUCCUAUACGAACAAACCGAAUUCGCAGAGAGGAGAUCGCCUGGCUAAACCAGAAAUGAAGGAAGACAUCCAGAAAAUGGUGGCCGUUGGACUCGUCUGGGGAGCCACCAACGCUCUGAUCCGCCGCGGAGCACUCGCCUGGGACAAAAAAUCUUCUUCAUCAUCGUCAACAACACAGUCUCCUCCUCCUCCUCUUCAGAUCCGCCGCAAAAUCCUAACCGCUCUCCGCGACUGGAUCAACCUCCUCCUCUUCUGGCAAUACUCCCUUCCUUUCCUCGUGAACCUCUCCGCCUCCGCCACGUUCUUCGCUCUCCUCGGCGACUCCCCGAUCUCCAUCGCCGUUCCGGUCACCAACGCCACGACGUUCGCCGCGACCGCCGCGUUCGGGGUGCUUUUGGGGGAAGAGACUCAGAUCGGGCUUGCUUUGGUAGGUACGAGCUUUAUUGUAUUUGGAAUUUGGCUUUGCGUUGGUCAGUGAUCAGUUCACUAACUGAUCGCGUCUCUGUGAUUGGAAUAAUGAAGAAGUUUGACUCUGUUUCUUGUGAGAUUUAGAAUUGCUUCAUUCUUGUUCUAGCAAUGUAGAUAGCGAGAGUGCUUAUAGAACUGAUAAGUGAUAAGCUAAGUCUACGAGGCCGAGGCCGGCCCUGAGGUUUUGGGGGCUUGUGGCUAUGUCUAUCUAGUUUUUUUUUGUACAAAUUUGGGAGCAUAAACAAUUUUUUUGGGCCUAUGUCUAUUUAGUUUUGGGGGACCUAUGGCAAAUGUUUCACUGAGCAUGGCCCAGGGCCGGCACGGUAAGUGAUAAGUGAUUAGGUGAUGAUUAGCUGAUGAAACUGGUAGGUAGGUGAUGAGAUGGUGUAAUGGUAAUGCCAUUAUGAUAUACAGCAAAUGAUUGAGAGUCACUUUCCUAGGGAAUAUGUUUUCCAGUAGAAAUAGAGAUGAGUAGCUGAUGAAACUGAUAAGGGAUGAGUAGUGUGUGUUGUAAUGGAAACUAAUACCAUUAUGUUAUGCAAAUGGUUGAGGAUCAAUUGUAGAACAGAGAAUGAGAUGGUUUGGUUAGGUUUAUAUGAUGAAUUUUCCUCACCAUGAACAUUUUUGUCUACCAUUUUGCGGUCUAAAGGGGUUGACAGAGAGUGAUCAUCGAACCAUCCAGUGGUCUGUUUACCCAAAUCUC